AUGAACUCUUACGCUAUUAUUCUUCUCCUCGGCCUCCUUGCCGCCGCCAUGGCUGCCCCACAAGGAUUCGUCAAGAAGACGACAAUCAUUGAGACCGCCGGACCACGCGGUGGAUUUGGUGGAGGUCCAGGACAGUUCGGACGUGGAGGAUUCGGUGGAGGACCAGGAAACGGAUUCGGAGGAGGACCAGGAUACGGAGGACGUGGUGGAUUUGGAGGAGGACCAGGAAAUGGAUUCGGAGGAGGGCCAGGAUAUGGUGGACGUGGAGGAUUCGGAGGUGGACCAGGAAACGGAUUUGGUGGAGGACCAGGAUUUGGACGGGGAGGACCAACCAUCAUCAAGGAGACCAUCAUCCGCGGUGGAAAAUAA